UAACGCUGGGCCGCAUCCUCUCAAGAGAUCCGCUUCCAGACCGUUAACUCGGGUGGCGCCGAGUUAAAAUGGUCGAUAUUCGACCUGAAAAGCAUCAGGAAACCGUGCUACUCGUCUUCAACGUCGCGUCCCACACGGAGGCCACAGUGAAGUCCUAGUCUACGUGGUCGCUUCUGCUGAGCAGCGAAGCGGAGGCCAUGGCGGUGAAGGAGCGCAUGGAGGCGGUGCUCAACGUGGGCCUGCGGGUGCCCAGCAUCAUGCUGCUGGACGUGCUGUACCGCUGGGACGUGAGCUCCUUCUUCCAGAAGAUCCAGCGCUCCAGCCUCUCCAACAACCCGCUGUUCCAGUACAAGUACCUGGCCCUCUACCUGCACUAUGUGGGAUACAUCCUUAGCUUGGUGCUGCUGACCCUGCCUCGACAACACCUGGUCAAACUUUACCUGUACGUCGUCACUGCUCUGCUACUCUACGCUGGCCACCAGGUCUCCAGGGAUUAUGUGCGUGGGGAGCUGGAGUCUGGGUUUGAGGGACCUCUCUACCUGGAGCCCCUCUCCAUGAACCGAUUCACCACCGCCCUCAUAGGUCAGCUGGUGGUCUGCACCCUGUGUUCCUGUGUGAUGCAGACCAAGAGGAUCUGGCUGUUCUCUGCUCACCUGCUCCCCCUAGUGGCCAGGCUUUGCCUGGUCCCCUUGGAAACCAUAGUCUUCAUCAACAAGUUCUCCAUGAUCUUCACGGGCCUUGAGGUCAUCUACUUCCUGGCCUCCAACCUGCUGGUUCCAUAUAAACUGGCCAAGACUGCCUACAGAGAACUGGCUCAGGUGGUGGAGGUGUAUGGCCUCCUGGCCCUGGGCAUGUCUCUGUGGAACCAGCUGGUUCUUCCCGUGCUCUUCAUGUGCUUCUGGUUGCUGCUGUUUGCCCUGCAGAUCUACUCCUACUUCAGCACCCGAGACCAGCCUUCCUCCAGGGAAAGGCUGCUCUUCCUCUUCCUCACCAGCAUUGCCGAGUGUUGCAGCACUCCCUACUCCCUGCUGGGCCUGGUGUUCACCGUGUCCUUCGUGGCCCUGGGGGUCCUCACGCUCUGCAAGUUCUACCUGCAGGGCUACCGGGCCUUCCUCAACGACAACACAAUGCACAGGGGUAUGACGGAAGGUAUCACCCUGCUGAUUCUGGCGGUCCAGACGGGCCUGAUUGAGCUACAGGUGAUCCAUCGAGCCUUCCUCCUCUCCAUCAUACUCUUCAUCGUGGUGGCCUCCAUCCUGCAGUCUAUGCUGGAGAUAGCAGACCCCAUCGUCUUGGCUCUGGGCGCCUCCAGGGACAAGAGCCUGUGGAAGCACUUCCGGGCCGUGUCCCUGUGCCUCUUCCUGCUGAUCUUCCCUUCCUACAUGGCCUACAUGAUCUGUCAGUUCUUCCACAUGGACUUCUGGCUCCUCAUCAUCAUCUCCUCCUCGGUCCUCACGUCGCUGCAGGUCCUGGGCACCCUGCUGAUCUACAUCCUCUUCAUGGUGGAGGAGUUCCGCAAGGCUCCGGUGGAGAACAUGGACGAAGUCAUCUACGUGGUCAACGGCACCUACCGCCUGCUGGAGUUUCUGGUGGCGGUGUGCGUGGUGUGCUACGGCGUGUCAGAGACGGUGUUUGGCGAGUGGAGCGUGAUGGGCAGCACCAUCAUCCUGGUGCACUCCUACUACAACGUGUGGCUGCGGGCCCAGCUGGGCUGGCAGAGCUUCCUGCUGCGCCGCGACGCCGUCAACAAGAUCAAGAGCCUGCCCACGGCCAGCAGCCUCCAGCUGCAGCAGUACAACGACAUCUGCGCCAUCUGCUACCAGGACAUGAGCCAGGCGGUGAUCACGCCCUGCAGCCACUUCUUCCACGCCGGCUGUCUGAAGAAGUGGCUCUACGUCCAGGAGACCUGCCCCCUCUGCCACGGCCAGCUCAAGAGCCAGGUCACCGCCCCCAGCGCCGCCCAGGGUAACCCGGCUGCCAAUCCCAGACUCCCUGAGGUGGGGCCCCAAGGCCCUCCAGCCAAUGGGAGGGGGGCUGACGGGACGGCGGCCCCGGUAUUAGAGGAGGAAGGAGGCGCCUUGUCGCCUGGAGAAGGCUUUUCGGGGCAGUCGGCCUGCCCGGAUUGUCCCUCCUCAUCCUCCGCUUCCUCCUCUUCCUCCUCACUACCCACGCCGGCCCCUCCCCCCUCUGCCCCCUCAGAGAGCCAGACUGACAUCACCGCCCUCUGCUCCUCGUCUUCCUCCUCCAGAAGCCAUGACGCCCUGGAGCCUUCAGGCUCUGCUCCAUCUCCCCCCUCCUCCCAGCCUGUGCCUCCCGUCCCCUCCUCCCCUCAGCGUCCCUCACCCAGUGCAGCGUGGUCGGGGCAGGCCGCUGCCGACCCACAGCCCGCCCACUCUCCCUCCUCUGGCCCUCCCUCUCAGCGUCCCUCACCCAGUGCAGCGUGGUCGGGGCGGGCCGCUGCCGACCCACAGCCCGCCCUGCGGCAGCGCGGCGCUCCCCCUCGGCCCGUCAGCCAGGAUUGGGCCAGCUAGAACGUGGCGUGCGUCACCAUGUCUUCACACGUCGCCUUCAGUCUGUUUUUUGAAGAGGCCUCACACAGGGACACACGGGAGCCCUGCCAAACGUGGGCCUCUCUUCGUUGUCUAUCCUCAUCCCUUCUGGAAGGCUCUGGGCUUUGGUCUUUCUGGAUGCUCACUUCCACGCCCUACCACGUCACGUGUGGUUCCAACGACACCAAUCACUUUCAGAAUGCCCGUGAGAGCGGGUUUUUCAGACUCGGAGCACCAUGAGAAAGUAUUCCACAUCUAUUCCUCAGUAAGAAAACCAAAGUGAGCAGCAGUCCAGAACACCAGGGCCUCUGGCCUGGUCGGUUUGGACCAGCCAUCAGCUCUGUCCAUGGUUGAUACUGCAGUAUUGCUCCAACAUUAUGGUUAAUAAUGAGCACAGACUGUUGAUUGGUUCAGUCAUCAUGUUGCUAAUGGCGCCAGUAAGGGUUUGUCUCGUGUUCCAGCAUCCCCAGGUUGUCGUGGGAACGACCUCUCUGGUUUCCCUCAUGUCUUGUUUUGGUGUUAGAUUCAGAAGUUAGGCUGGUCCCAGCAAAUUAUACUCACUCAUACUCUUUCAUCGUGGUCAACCCUUUCAUGUUGUCGUUUCCGCACACUUCGCAGUGUGAAGAAACGAUGACACUCACUCACUCACAGCAGGAGGGGCGCAGAGUAUUUUUGUAGUUGCGUUUGGCAGAGCAGAGGUUGUUAGAAGCUCGUUGCACGCUUGAUGCUUGCACGCCACACAGCAUUUGUAACGGCCCUCUCCGCCGUCACCCCUUUAGCAGCGGAUGUGCGCACAUCUUCCUCCGCCAGCGUUUGGGUUUUCCCGCUUUGCGUUUGCACUAAGGUCCUUUUAUGACGACGGUUCAAGGCUGCUGGGUGGCCCGCAGCAGGUUACCCUCAGUGGCGUGUUUCCACGCUCAUGUAUAGAACUGUUACUCGCGAUACAUAUAUAUUAUAUUAGGAGAACAGUGUUAAACGUGAGCCUAUAGCCCUCAAUUUCCCAAGAGCAAACUAGUAUACAAGAUCGUAUGUUAUGUUUUUUUCUUUGCUGGCCUACGAACCAUGUGUUUUGUGUGCUAGUGUGUUAUUGGGAAGCGGGCGUUCUUCUCUGCUCGGUAUGAAGCAGCCAGCUGGCGUGAACGCCCCAGCGCCCUCUAGGGGCCGGGUGGGAUCAGCACGGGCGCAGAUCGAGUGGAGAAACUGAACAUCAAACAGUAUUACUAUUAUUUACUAUUAUCAAGUAUCCUUAACAAGGUUAUUAUUUGUGUUGCAUUAUUGUAGAGCAUUGGUUCCAGGGUCGAAAAAUGAAUACAUGUGUGAUGUAGGAUAUUCAGACCCGGACCGCUCUUGUCUACCUAAGUGUAUUUUAUUUUUCUAGAAGAUGUGGAGUAUGGUUUGUUUUAGCCAAUCUUUGUUCAGAAAGAUGAGCCAAUGGAUUUCUUGAAGGACACCUUUUUAUGUUUUUAGAGUAUCAAACUAGGAAUCCUUUGGUCAUUGAGCAGUAUUUGAAGAUGAGUACGAUGCUGGUACGAUUUAGAAUCGGGUUUGAUGCACAUUGGAUUCAGCUUUGCAAUUUAAACAAAUCUGGUGUCCUAAUGUAAGAUAAGCUGAUGGAAAAUGUUCUUAAAGCUGAUAAAAUGUCGGAGAUGAAUGUAUGACUGCUUGUUUUGAGUUUUUAUUUCUGGGUUUAAAUAAAUAUUUAUUACAUAUUAAUAUGCAUUACUAACUUGACAUAAGCAGCACUUCAGGACUUUUGGUGUUCGUGUAAUAGCAUGAGGAUGAGGACAAACAUCCACACAUUUCACUAACUUUAGUUUAAACCAAACAUAUUUCCUUGGUACACGUGUGUACAUCUCAGCUUAGUCCUGGUUCAAAUUGGAUUGUUAUCAUGGCCAACCUUCUCCCACCCUGUGCGUCUCUGCCAGUAAGCUGCUGCCGGGUGUUCUCAGAAGUGAAGCUGAGGACGUUUGAGGUCAACAUUCAACUGGUCCUCUGUGUGGUUGACGGCACCAAUGGGUCAAAAGUUUAACAUAAGUCUCAUGUAGAGUUGAAUACAAUCUGUGUUCGCUUGGGUUUGCAAACUUCCCCAAACCG